UUGAAUAAUAAAAUAAAAUGAAGAAUUAUCAGGGGAUAAUAUUUAGGAAGAAAGACUUCUAUGAUCAUGAAGAGUCAGACCAGACAAAAGAAAGUAUGCUGAAUGGUGCCCCAAAUGCCCUGUUAAAGAAUAGAAGAAUUCAUACAUCCACGGAAGGAAUGAAUCGUACUCAGAGAUUCAAAAGAAUCGGAACUAGCGUUCCUGUGAAUAAGAAAUAAGGUCAGCAAGCUUAUGAAAUCAAAGCACCCAAAAGAAAUAUAUAAUACAAAGCCCCAAGGUGCAUUCCAAAGCCUAAGAGAUCAACUGAGAAGGAUAAAUCUAAGAGAUAGCUCUCCACAUAAUGAUAAGAACAAGACAUUAGGCCAGCUAUCUUUAGUGUCUCAUAUCAAGAAUAACAGCUUAUCUAAAAAUGGAGUUUUUGGCUUAGAAAUUGAUCGUAAAGACCCACAAAGCUUUAUAAAACACAAUCAAAGCACUUCUAAGAAUUCAACAAGGUAUAAGAAAUUUAUGAAAUCUCGGAGAACUGACUGGAGAGAUGAAGACCAGAAGUUUCAUGAGGAGAUGGUUGCUUUCAAAGACUCUCUCCCUCAAUUUUUUAAGAACUCUAACUUCGUGCUAAUCAACAAGCAAGGAGAGCUAUUAGAAGAGGAAACGGAGGCAUUGAAAGCCCAGAUCUCUAAAAAUCAAGAGAACUACCAAGAGACUGAAGUCCCUUUUAGUAAUAAUGAUGAGGAGUCUAUUUAUGAAGGAAAAUCCGAAAAUGAAAGAAUCAUUCAACUGAUCCCUAAGAAAUUCAAAGAAAACCUGAUCUACAAGUACAGAGAUAAAAAUACUUCCCAAAGGUUGAAGGGUAUCAGAGAAGUUAGGAGAAACAUUCCCAAAUUCGAGAACAAAUCGGAUAUUCUCCCUUCAAAGUUUGAUGCAAUCAGAAGUGCAGAAAGGUCUACUGUAUUUUCUCCGAAGAAUUUCCCGCAUGGAGGCAAUCUGAUUUCAAACCCAACAGAUCUAGACUCUAAAGGAGAUCCUAUCGAGAGAACUUACAACGGUAGAGAGUAUGCCUCAGGUUACCCCAAAGAUGACGACCAGCAGGUGAACGAAGAUCUUUCAGAUAAAGGGACUGAAUCCGAAGAAUUUGACUUAGUAAAACUCCAAAAUGAAGCUUUCUCCAAAAUGUUCGUUGAAAAUAAGAUCGAUGAUCCAACAAGCAAAGGGAAUUUAGAAAGUUAUAGAAAGAGCACAUAUCCAAGAAGCAAAAUUCCUUUUGAGCUCAAGCAAAAGUUUGAUGUUAUUUCAGAUAAUUUCAACUAUAAUGAUGAGUUCUGGAGGCCUGAGGAUGUAAUGAAGCAUGAUACUACUCCUCGUCAAGAAAUCAGAAAGCCUGUAUUCUCAAAAAUCAAGGAUGGCGAGGAAGAAAUUGUUACUAAUGGUGCAUUCUCAGCUCAGAAAAGAGCUAGAACUACUCAUGAGAAGAAUCCAAACAAAGAUAAAAUUCAUGAACAAAUUGGAUAUAUUAAGGCUGAUUGGAUAGAUAAAAUUAUCAAGAUUAAAGAAAAUAUGGAUAAAAAGUGCAAAUGUUGCAAUAAGAUUUAUUGUGAUGUCGAGAGAAAGCCUAGAUUGGACACUGGCACACAGCAUUCUGGACAAUUGAUGAGCCAGAAAAGAAGUCAUACAGCCAUUGAAGGACCAAUGCAAACAGAAAGAUUUCUAAGUAAAUAUAAUGUUAAUGUACCACCAAUAAGGCCUCCACAGAGUGUAACUCAGUCUGCUAGAGGAGAAACGCAAGAGUUGUCAAUAUUUCAGCAUUAUACUAUUAAUAAUGCUUACAUUGAUGAAGCUGAAAAGAAUUUUAUUCCUCAACAUCCUCCCAUUAACAUUUCAAAAGAAGAGUGUAGUCAGAUUAAUUCAGAUUUACGAAGAUAUCUUGAAAAUGGGCAAAGAUUAGAGCCUCAGUAUCAUAAACCAGAGGGUAUUGCUACUCAAGAGCCAAUUCAAACUUUGUCUGAUGAUAAGCGGAACACUUUCUAUGUUGAGAAGCAAGAAGGUGAUUGGCAGAAGCUUGAUCUUGCUUCCCCGGGUUCCACAUAUCGUACUGGUGGUCUCUACAGCCAAGGAUACUCCAUAGUUUACGCUCAACCUAAGCCAGUGGUGAUAAGAGCCAAUGUCGAAAAUAACGAAUGGCUACUAAAACACUUAAAAAGAAGAAGACCCAAAAACCUUGUAAAGAAGAUUUUCCAACCAGUCUCAAUGGAACGGAAACCCUUUGUUGUACAAAAAUGGACCUCACCAUUCGAUCAAUUUAGACAGAAAAGAGUGGAAAGAGGUAAUGCCAAAAGCAUGACUGUGGAGUUACUAAAUCAAAACAAUUAA